AUGCCGCGAAUCCGGGUCGACAAAUACGGAACAUGGCUCCGCCUAUUCAAAGGGCGACCCACGCGGACAGCCGCGCCCGCCUCUGCUUCAGCCCGCACCAAUUACGGGCACAGCCGCGGGUCGCGCUCGCGCCGUGGACACGACGCAGACGAGUUCGAAGAGCAGAGCAUCCUGCGUAAAUUCCUCGAGAACGGGGCGACGACGAUCGCCGCACUCCUGAUGCUCGGGGGCGCCGGGUACGGCUACCACGUGUUCUACAAGCAGCUGGUACUGCGGAAGAUCGAUAAUGCGUUUUCGCCGGGGUUUUCGUCCCUAGAGCUUGCGGCGCUGGCGCAGCAUGGGUAUACCCUUGAGGAUGGGAUUGAUGAGGAGUUUCUGAAGUUCCGGAUUGCGAGGCCCGAGCAGGCGCUUAUUGAUGGGGUUGUUAGUGGGAGGGUUCAAGGGAAUUAUUACCUGCUGUUCGGGGAGAAGGGGACGGGGAAGAAUUCGAUGUUGUUGGAGAGUAUGUCCAAGAUUCAUGGGCAGGGGAUUGGGAUGUUGGAGGCGCAUGGCGAUAUUGAGGUCUUUCGACUGCGGUUGGGGAAGGCGAUUGAUUAUGAGUACCAUGAGGAUUAUAUUGGGGGGAUGUUUAGUAUCCGCGGCCCAAGGGAUUCGACUGCGCUGCUUGAUAUCGAGCGGGCGUUGAAUAAGCUGGAGAAGGUUGCGCUGAACAGGAAAAAGACGAGUGAUCGACCCCUGGUGCUGAUUAUCAGUAACUUGCAUUAUCUGCCGGAUAAUACGGAAGGGCAGCAGCUGGUUGACCUUCUUCAGCAACGCGCUGAGAUGUGGGCGGCCAGUGGGCUAGUUACGCUGGUGUUUACAAGUGAUCAGUACCGCACGACGGAGAUGCUACGACUGCACGCAACGAGGUUGCAGGUGUUGAAUAUCCAGGAUAUACCCAAGGACAUGGCGGUUGCCUCAUUGCGCUCCUUUCGCCAGAGCACUUUUCGCGAGAACGUUCCCCCCAGUAUCCUGGAUCAGGUGUACAGCCUUGUGGGUGGCCGUUUGAUCCACCUGGACCAAGUCGCCAGGUCAAAAGACAUGCUGAAAACGUGCCGUUCAAUCUGCGAGAAGGAGAAGCGGUGGCUGCUCUGUAAAUGCUGGAUUCUUGGAGCUGAGAUGGACGAUAAGGCCGAAGACCAGCAGGAUUUAUCGUCCGGCGCAAUGCUCCUAGGAAAGACUUUGGUGGAACUAGAGAAAGAUCCCGAUCGAACGCACUACGUCUCUGGUCUGCCGGGAAUUCCACUCCACAAGGCGCAAGAACUCAUGACGCGAGCGGAUCUCAUCAAAGGACUGGACGAGAUGAAUAUUAUUGCCAUUGACGCCGAUGCCAUCGUACGCGCAGACUCUGUCCCCAUGCAGAACGCCUUCCGAACUGUCUGCGAGGAUCCCGAGUUCGAGGAGCACUUGAAGGCCACCCUGGAUCGGCUGGAUGAACUGGAAGGGCUUGGUAGGACGACCGAGCUGCGCUUGAAGGACUUUAUGGAAGGUGAGUAUGAGGUUCGGGUUCGUGGUGAUGGCAAGGACACGUAUCUCUCUGUUGAGAAGCCGAAAAGCUAG